AUGGGUCCAUCUAAAAGGAAGGGUUCCAUUAGAAGACCAGUUUUAGAUUUGAAUACCAAAGAAGAUUCUCCUUCUAGACCUACUUGGCAGACAAAAUAUCAGAAUACUUUGCCAAUAGAUGAAAAUGGAGACUCAAAUACAACCCCUUCAUCCGUCACCAAAAAUAAUCCUUUGUCUACUAUAUUAGGCAAUUAUAAUUCUGACAGUGAGGAUGAGACAACUCAAAAACCUGCUUCAUCUCUAGAUGCUCAAGUCGAAGAUUUCCUAAAAGAAAUUCAUACUUUAUCAGUUAAUAACAAAGAAGCACAUGUGACUAGCAAGUCAAGUCCAACAUCAACUGUUACAAAUAAUUCCAAAAAAGAAGAAAUGCAUUAUCUGCCAUCUGUAACUGCUUGGCAACAAUGCUAUGAUCAGAAUUCAGGAUAUCCAUAUUAUUGGAAUACAGAAACAAAUGAAGUUACAUGGGAAAUUCCAAAUGAAGUAAAAGCUGCCCUCAGGGAUUUUGUGGCUAAAGAAGAACAGCAAGUAAUACAAAAACCUCAACAACAAUCACAACCAAAUGUAGUAGAAAAGAAAAAAGUAUGUAGGUAUCCCUGGCAAACAGAAAGUGAUUCUGAAGAUGAAAAAAUUGAAAUGAUAACAUCAUUUGGACCUCAAUCUGAUGAAGAUUCUGGAGAAGAAAAUGAAACUCAAAAUCAAAAAAAUUCUAAAGAAGUUAAUUCGAAACUGUCUUCAAAAAUAAUAAACUGUGUUAAUUCAAAUAUUAAGACUGGAUGUAUUAGCCUUGCCCCUGAGGAUCCAGAAAGAUUGAAUGAAAAUUCAUAUGAGACAUCUUCAUUAUUGGCACAUGGUGUUAUAGAUACUGGACCACCAGGUGAUGAUAGUUUUAAUACAAUAAAUGAGGGUAUUACAUCAAAAAAAGUGCCUACAUCUGUUACAAAAAAAGAAUUAUCUAGUUUACAAAUUGAAAAUAAAGAAAAGGAUGAUCAAAAUGUAGUAAUUAAACAAAAUGAUCCUGUUAAAAGUGUAAAUGAACAAGGUAAUGACACUAGUGAAAAAGAAGUUAUUUUAGAAGUUAAUGAUGUUAUUGCUCAAAUUGAAAAAGAAACUCCACCUGAUUACAUGGACAAUUCAAAAGCAGAAAAAUUAAUGGAAUUACCAGAGAGUGAUUCUACUUUGGUAAAAGAAAUGCUUAAAAGCACUAAUCCUUCUGUUAUGGCACUAGUGGCCAAUUAUGGAGAUGAUUCUGAAUCGGAAGAAAAUGCCUGUAGUGAAAAACAUAAAAAUUUCAAGUCUCCAGUAGAUUCUUUGAAACCACUUUUUCCCAUUGAAGUACCCCAAGAAACAGCAAAAGUAAAACCAUUGUUUCCAUGUAUGAGCAGCGAAAUUCCCAAACUUAAUGUGGACCUUCAAUCGAAAGAUUCAAAUCAAUGUGAGCCUGAAUCAGUUGGAAACAUCUAUAGCACACAAUUAGAAAUUAAUGAUCCAGCAGCUUUAAAAGCAUUUAAAAGGAAAAAAAGACUAGAGUUUGUUACAAAAACAUCUCAAUCUUCUUCAACUAGUGUUGAACCUGAAUUUAAAAGUGGUAUCGAAAGUUCAGUUAAUGUUCCUAGUACUGUUUAUAAUAUGGACCCUAGUAUGAAUGAAAGAAGAGGAUUUGGUUUUAGCUCGUUGAAAUCACAAUCUAGCACUGACAAAAAAACUCAUAAAUAUUCUAGUGGGAUACAGUUUAUCAAAGCAGAGACUAUCAAUUUUAGUAAUGUUUUAAAAACGAAGGAGGAAUCAUCAGAAAAAGAAAGCGAUGUCACAUGUGCUCCAGAAAAUGUAGAUGCAAAGGAAACAAAGGUCCAAGAUGAGGAGAUUGAAAGUGCUGCUAUUUUGCUUAAAGAAAAAGUUACAUUUUUGAUUGGAGAAAACAAUGAAAUAUCUCCAAUUCAACAUAUGGCCAUUGAAUUAGAGACAUUAAUUUUGGCUUGGCAGCAAGGCGCAUUGACUCCGUCAUAUCUCUUGAGUUGGCUAAGUGACAAAUGUGCAGAAUUAAUUCGCCAUGAAAAAGAGGCGGCUCCGCCAGGAUGGACCUGUUUAUGGGAUAGGUACGUCAUCUACAAGAUCAGCGGACUAUAUAUAUAUUUGUUCGGAUAUGAUUAUUUGGCUUUGAGUGAACUACUUUACUUGGACGAAAAAGGAAUGAAUGAAUCUAUUACGAAUUUUGCCGUCUUCUUCGGAAACUGUCGUCCGAGUCCUGUAGCUCCCUUUUGGAAGAAUAAAAGAUAUUACUACCGAAAUGUGGCAACAAAGGCAAUCCAAUGGGAGUAUCCUGAAAUAAGUGAAAAAAUCAAAGGUGGAAAGGAAAAUGAUCAAGAUGGCGGCACAGACGAAAUGGAUAUUUAUGAGACAUCAUCCGUGUCGCCGAUUGCUACCAAUGAAACCGAAGAAGUAGUAGCACUUUCGCAAAAUUCAUUGUCUCACCCGCCACCCUCACCGCAAAUGAUCCAACAAAACACUGAAAAAGAAAUUUUAUCCUCGGUGACAAAAACUGUAAAAAAGAAAAAAAGAAAGUUGAAUGAAACAGUGUGUAAAAGAUUCAAACGAUAG